AUGAGUGGUAUGCACCCUCAGUGGUUUAUGUUUAAUUAUAUUGAUAUUUAUUGCAGGCAGAAUAGCAGUAAGAAGAAUUGCAAGAUAAUUAAAGAUAAAGCCAUUGAAGAGUUAAUAAUUAAGCAAUUUGCUAAGAGCAAGUUAAAGAAGUAUCAUGAGCACCAGCUCAUGGUCUCUCAGCAAAAGAAGAGGGAGAAGAAGAAGAAGUAUUAUCAAGAAGAGAUUACAGAGACUGAGAAUGAAGCUCAGCAGAAAAAGAAAAUAGAAUUUAAAAGUAAUGAAAUUUGGGAGGCCCAAUUCUGCCAAAUAAUAGCCAGGCUUGAGGUCAAGAUUAUAGCUCAUGAUCAUGAUUAUUUUACUGCAGUCAGUGUAUUGAGAGAGAGGGUUAAGAAGAAGAUAAGAAGAUUUCUGAGUCAAUUACAGAGUCUGAGUGAAGACAACAACAGUCUAUCUGCUUCAGAAAAGAUGGAGAAAGAUGAUUUUGAGAUUGUGGUGUUCUCUGAUAAGAAUGAUGAGAAGGACAAUGAGGUGGAAGAUAAUUGA